UCUGUCUCAGUCAUCAUGAGCCUGCUGGCCCCUCUCAACCUGGAGAUCGACCCCAACCUGCAGGUCACCCGCAUCCAUGAGAAGGACCAGAUCAAGGGCCUCAACAACCGCGUCGCCUCCUUCAUCGACAAGGUGCGUUUCCUGGAGCAACAGAAUAAGAUGUUAGAGACUAAGUCUGACCUGCUGCACGGUAAGCAGACGGGCCACUCCAACAUCGAGCCGCUGUUCGAGGCCUACAUGGCCAACCUCCGCCGCCAGAUGGACGUGGUCAGCAACAACAAGACCAAGCUGGACGGAGAGUUGAGGAACAUGCAAGGUCUGGUAGAGGACUUCAAACACAAACACCAAGAUGAGAUCAACAAGAGACACAAUAUGGAGAACGAAUUUGUAAAUCUGAAAAAGGAUGUGGACUCAGCAUACCUGGUGAAAGCAGACCCGGGAGACAAGGUGGGAGCGCUGACUGAUGAGAUCAACUUCCUCAGGUCCAUCUAUGAGGAGGAGCUGCGUGAGCUGCAGGCCAGUAUCAGGGACACCUCUGUCGUGGUGCAGAUGGACAACAGUCGCGACCUCAACAUGGACCAGAUAGUGGCUGACGUCAAGGCUCAGUACGAGGACAUCGCUGUUAAGAGCCGAGAGGAGGCUGAGAUGUGGUACAAGUCCAAGUUGGAUCAGAUGGCCACCCAGGCCACGCAGUGUGGAGACGAGCUGAGGAACACCAAGGGAAAGAUGGCAGAAAUCAACCGCUUGAUCGGCCGUCUGCAGAGUGAGAUGGAGGCUGUCAAACAACAGCGUGUCAACCUGGAUAACCAGGUCGCUGAUGCUGAGGGCCGCGGGGAGCUGGCUGUGAAGGAGGUUAAAUCCAAGAUCAGAGAUCUGGAGGAUGCUCUGCAGAGGGCCAAGCAGGACAUGGUCAGGCAGCUCAGAGAGUACCAGGACCUGAUGAACCUCAAGCUGGCCCUGGACAUAGAGAUAGCCACCUACAGGAAACUACUGGAGGGAGAGGAGGACAGGUAUGGAGGGAGAGGA